UUCAUGUCUAUAAAUCAUCCAAGGCAAUGCCUACGAGAUUCGUCCAUGGUGCCACAUCCUCGUCUAGGGAAUAGGCAUACCGCAACACCGCUAAAUUGAACUCUUUGCACCUCAGCCUUGCCACCGCCUUGCCUCUCCGUUCUCACCCCGUCUCGCGCACACAACGAUGGUGUCCACACCGGCGUCAUCACCUUUCGCUCGAGCGAGCGCGCUGCUCAAGAGUGGAGCACCUGCCACGUUCACAAGCUCAGACAGCGUCUUGGUCUCAUCAUCCCAAGCCACUCCCAUCCUCCUCUCCUUGCUCAUCGUCGCCACCUCUUACCUGGCCUGGCAGCUCUUCGCACCGGUGAAGAACGCUCGCAUCAAAGGUUCAAGCAUCCGAACCUUGGCAGCCUCCAUUCCGCGUCUGGGUCAAGUGGCCUUCUACAGAACGCGGGAGUCUUUUCUGUACAGGGUGCUCGGUAGGCCCGAAGGCGCUCUCGAUGCGCAAGCCUAUCACCCCUCGGCAGUGAGGUUCAACGUCAGCCAACACAACAUCAUUGUCAGUGGAGACCACCAGGACGCAUCGACUUUCUUCAACACUCGAGCUCUGAGCUUCACAAAAGGUUACUCUGUCCUCUUUGGCGGCACUCCCAAGGACCCCGACACCGAGCCGGAAGUCGCAGCUAGAAACAGAGCUCAAGAUGACAAGUACAUGGUCUUCUUUGACAAGAAUCUCAAGCAGGCCAUCAGAGGCGAGAGGCUAGCUGAUUUGACGCCCGACAUGGUCGAGGACUGCUUGAAAGACUACGAGCACUUUUUCGCCAACAACACGGGCAACGGCAAGCUGGACCCGCACAUGGACGUCUAUCCUUUGAUUUUCCAACUGAGCGUGCGCACCGUCGGGCUCGCAGAGCAUGCAAACAGUGCAGCGGCAGCUAGGGAGAUGUACGACGCCUACUGGUCUAUCGAGAGGGAAACCAAUUACUGGUCGACGCUCUGGCCCAAUUUGCCCCUGCGUUCCAACCACAAGCGCAAAGAGAACUCCAAGAAGCUCUUCACGAUGAUUCAUGAAGCCAUCAACAAGAGGAUCGAGGACAAGAGAUCUGAAGACGAUCAGGUUCAGCGUAUGAUUGAUGAUGAGACCUCAACGAUCGACAUUGUCAGGUGGUGUGUGGGCAGCCUGUUCGCAGCCGUGGUAAACUCAUCGAGCAUGUCGGCAUGGCUGCUGAUCUUCGUUGGAGCUCAACCCGAGCUGCGCCAAAGAGUCAAGCAAGAGAUCGUAGAGACUUUGAGAAAAGGCGCAGAGGAGCGCGGGGACGACUACGAGUCAUUGCCCACAUUGGAGGCACUUCGUCGUGUGCCGCUGGAACAAUGGGAAGGCACAGCCAGUAGCGUAGCAGAUCGCAAGAAUGGAGGCGGCGCAUUCCCUCUUCUGCACGCUUGUCUGAAGGAGACCAUGAGGCACGUCCUAAGAGGAACCUUUUUCCGCUACUUUGCCGGACAAAACGAGUCGGACAAGUUUGCAAACUCCAAAGUGCAGAUUGGCGGUCACGACGUCAAUUCGGGAGACUUUUUGGCUUAUUGGAUCGCUGGGACUCAUCAGAAUUCUAGAAUUUACCGCGAUCCUCAACGCUUUGAUCCGGAUCGAUUUGCCAUCAGGAAGGAAGGCAAUGGUCCGCUCGAGUUCAUCGGGUGGGGUGCUAGUCACCACGUGUGCGGGGGUCGCAGAUUUGCCCAGCUAGAGAUCAUCAUUGUCGUAGCGACCUUUUUGAUGUGCUUCGACUACGAGACGGUGGACCUGCAGGGCAAACCUUACUCCGCAGAGACUUGCCCCUCGGCGGACACGGAUAAUAAUUGGAGAGGACCCAGCAAGCCAGUCCGACUGUCGUACCGUCGUGCGGCCGACUUCAAGGCCUAAUGGUUUGCUCAGCAUCUUUUGAGUCGCGUUUCUCUUUAUCUACUGCAGGCUCCCACUCGCACUGUUACACCACCGCUUCAGCCUUUCUCC